CCCGGCACUGAGUUAGACACCCGACUCGGGGGUCCUUGCUGAGGCGCUGUUCAAGGCCCGCGUGGGGGAGGGGCGUCCUUUCUCUCGGAGCGGCGCGAUGGGCAAGUGUCGUGGGCUUCGUACAGCCAGGAAGUUGCGCAGUCACCGUCGUGAUCAGAAAUGGCAUGACAAACAGUACAAGAAGGCCCACCUUGGCACUGCUUUGAAAGCCAACCCUUUUGGGGGAGCUUCCCAUGCUAAAGGAAUUGUUCUGGAAAAAGUUGGCGUAGAAGCUAAGCAACCAAAUUCUGCGAUCAGGAAAUGUGUCCGAGUCCAGCUCAUCAAGAAUGGGAAAAAGAUAACAGCUUUUGUUCCUAAUGAUGGUUGUUUGAAUUUCAUUGAGGAGAAUGAUGAAGUUCUGGUUGCUGGUUUUGGUCGCAAAGGUCAUGCUGUUGGUGACAUUCCAGGAGUUCGCUUCAAAGUUGUUAAAGUUGCCAACGUUUCUCUAUUAGCAUUGUACAAAGGCAAAAAAGAGAGACCCAGAUCAUAAUUCCUCUGUUGCUAUGUUUGUUGUAAUAAACAGUUUCAUUUUGCAAGGA